AUGGGUCGGGUGCCCAUAACCAUCCAAGACGACGUGCGGCAGUUUCUUUGGAUCGCUAGAAAGCUCCGUGCCAAUGCCAUACUGCCGAAUCAGCUGAAAGGACUGGAGUUUUGGGGGCAGUAUGCGCGCGAAAACAAGAUCGACCGGACCGAGCAGGCGCUGCAGACAAGGUAUCGACGGAUCGUAGCUAACCUCUACACAUACCCCCUGUCGGCCGAGGACAUGCUGUUGUUGUACAAGAAGCUUGCGCUCCCGAUCGAUCCCUUCGAUGUUCAGCCGAUGCUAGAGGAAAAAUUCAAGUGCAAGAUUGACCUGCGAAGCCGUGAUUUUACAAUUCGGAGCUAUACCUUUAACGACGAGGAAUCCGGUGGGCCGGGAACACCCAGGGGUGAUGCUGGAGGACGGGGACGUCGCAAAAGCAUCCGGGUAGCUCCUAAUGCUACUCGACGUGCAGCCAACGAGGAAGGUGAAGCAAGAGAUACUUCAUUCAAUUUGACUGCCGAGCUCGACGAGAAGUUGGCCACCCUCGACGUGCAUUCUUCGCCGGCUCGCACUGCCAUCGCGGCCCAUAGGGAAGAAAUCAAGAAACAAGGCGCAACUCACUCGUCUCGCGUGUUCGAAUUGAAACGGCUUCGUGCCCCGAUUUCUGUGCAAUUGUCGCCUGGCUCACCAGUUUCCAGCCGCUCUUCGGUCGAUGCUAGGGCCACUCGAUCCGGAAGGCCGUUUACUCUCGACCAGCCAUGCACGUCGAAGGCGUCGGCCGCGGUUGAGAAGCAAAUGAUGGAGACGAGAAUGCGUGCGAGAAAACUGAGCACAUCCCCGAGGCUUCGGCAAAGCCCGCGACAUCGCCGGGCCUGGAUUUCUGACAGUGAUGAACAAGCCGAACGCGCCUCCACUCGCGAGCUGCUCGACCAACAUUGCGGUGGCUCUGUCGGAAUUCGGGAUGCGAUCGAACAACAAAUCUUCGAAGCCAGUGCCGGCGAGCAGCAGAGCUACAUUCAACACAAGGAGUCGAUCCUGCAGCUGCUGAAGAAGAACAAGGCCGUGCGGGCGGCGCUGAAGCCCGACUCGCAGCUGACUUCCCCGCCAAUCCUCUAUCAGCCAAAGCCGUUGAUGAAGCAUUGUGUCAAGGAGUGGCACAAACGCUUCGGCCGGGACACCCGGAUGAACCAGAUCGCCGUGACGCACAAGAAGAUCUGGGUCGGACAUCAGUAUAUGGCGACGCUCGAACUGAGAAAGUACGUUUGGGACCAGUUGAGCGCGGCUGAGCAGCGAGCUUAUAAUUUCUCGGGCAAUUCGGAUGCAUACAAAGAAGCCAUCGAGAAGGCCGGGGACCAGAUCCGCUACCAACUGAAACGUCUCUUCUUCCCGGACGGCAUGGUCAAGCCAAAG